GCCUUGACAUGGAAACAGUAAUUGUACUAAUCGAUUUUCCAUUUUCACUGAAAGCUACCGCUACCGGGUUGGAAAUCUGUACAUUUCCGCCAAGCCAAAUAAAGUUUACUGACCCCAUUUACACAAGCAUCGAAUAUUUGGCACAGCAGCCGGAAAAGCGGAGGAGGAGGGGACAGGUGGCAACGAAGGAGGUCGCAUAUCGAUUAAACACGUGGAAAGAGUGGGUGGGUGGGUGUGCUGGCAACACGUUUGAUUACGGCGUGUAAAUAACAACAACCAAACGAGCGCUGCAGAAGUUGCAAGGACUCUUUCCUUGGAUAUUGUGCAACAAUCACAUGCUACCGAAGCCCCAAAUGGAAAGUGCAAAAGACGAUGAACAAAAGCCAACGGCUCCAAGGGCUCAAGCGCCGGAAAAACCCACUCGCAAGCGGAAUCAAGUUAAAAUUCCGCCCAAGAUCAGGGCCCCAAAACCAACACCCACCGCUGUUCUGUGUGAAUUGACUCGCCUGAAGGCGCAGCAAAAAUAUCUCGAAUGCAAUCAAGUCAAGCUGAAUCCCAAUAAUUUCAUACUCAAAGAUGACGAGGACACAGCUUCAAAGACGCGUCCUUGCGAAGAGCCGGAAACUGGUCGAAAUCCACGACCAAACAGUUCAUCCACUGCAGAUCUAAUAAGUUCAAUUAACGAAAUCGAACAGGAGAAACUGCUGCUCAAUGAAAAACUGAAGCUAUAUUGCAGCGAAAAGCGCGGAGAGCUACAGGAUAUGUGGCACUUUGUGGCCACCAUAAAAGAGGACGUCUUUCGGCCCGAACGUCUUAGCCAAUAUACAGUGAAUGCUCUGCGGGAACGAAUCGUUGGCCUAAAUGCCCAAUUGUGCCGCUUGGCUGCUCAGAACUCAAAGGAGCUCGCAGAAUUGAAGGAGCAGUACAAUCAAUUGGAAAGUGAAAAUAAGCUGUUGUGGAAAGGUAGCAUGUAGAUAAUAUUGAUUCAAACUUUAAAAUUUAAAAAAUUACAAAGUAUUCUUGAAGUUAACUUCGUUAAAAUUAA